AUGACCACCAGCCCUUCUUCAACACCCCUUGAGAUUGCUGAGGUGUCGCAAGAGUGGUCUCCCAUCAAAAAGCGUAUGUACAAGACUCAGGUCUGUAAGUAUUUCAUUCGUGGUCGCUGCCUUCACGGCCCUCUAUGUGCCUUCGCCCAUUCGGUUGACGAGCUGAAUAGGAAGCCCAACCUCUCGAUGACUAAGUUCUGUGCUAAACCGAAGUGUAGCGAUCCACAGUGCCCUUUUGCUCACUCGUUGAAGGAGUUAAGGCUGGGUCUCGCCGCCACCACUAACGAGGACAAUCCUUCUUCUGCUGAUUUACAAGAUUCCUUCUAUUCAAACUAUUUUGAACAACAACGUAGCAUUUUAUGUCGUAGCCGUGUAGGACGUUGCCGUGUUGUUGAUGAUGAUGGUGAUGGUAGUGGUAGUAGUAGUAAUGGCAGACAAGGCCUAUUGCCAGCCCCUUCUGCAGUGCCCCGUCCCAAAUAUCUCGCGAAGGGGAAGAAGCCGGUCAUAUCAAAGAUUCAGAAUCGCCCUUCUCCUCGGCUCCCGACUGCCACAUCGAGUGUUCUGUGUCCUGCGUCAAGAGUAGACAAUAUCAACGAGAUCAGGGAUCUCGUGAACCAUCUGAAAUUGCUUUCUUAUCUCGAAGAGCACACAGGUGAAGUGCCUACUACCACUUGGGUUUAG